AUGCAAGAGCUCCGGGUGGACUGCAGUGGGCGGUGGGCUGGCCCGCUCUUCCCGAGGGGCCUGUCUGCCCACUCACCUUGGCAGGGACAGGCAGGGAUGUUGGAGAGGCAAGUUAUGGUCCCACCCAGCACAUUCAGAGUGGAGAGGACACCAACUCUGUUCUCUCGGAAGCAAGCAAAUGGCUUAAUUCAGUGGUUUGCAGAGUUCAGGCCCCAGAGCAGCAGCAAGAGCAGCCCUGGGGAGCUUGUUACAGACUCAGACCCCAGGGCCCCAGCCCAGACCGUCCAGCCCAGCAACUCCGAGGAGCUGAGAGCCGACAUCCAUGUGUGA